AUGAGGUUGAUAUCACUACUUCUGUGCGCGAUAUGGCCAAUUGGCAUUGCCCUGGCUGCUUCGCCGAAGGAUGGGGAUAAAUUCCUGAAAUACAAGGCUGCCUCAAGGUCAUCUGGCGCAGUUACGCUGGACGAUGCAAGCUAUCGUGAGCUCACGGCCGAACCUCGAAACUACCACACACUCCUCCUCCUAACGGCCCUGGACUCGCGCUUUGGAUGUGAUGUUUGCAAGAUGUUUCAGCCCGAGUGGGAGUUUCUCACUCGAACCUGGAACAAGGCCAACCUGGGAGACUCGAAACUAAUUCUCGGCACACUGGACUUCGCCCAUGGAAGAAGCACAUUUCAACAGCUCCAACUACAAACUGCUCCUAUCUUGCUCCUCUUCCCCCCGUCCACGGGCCCAGGCUCACAGGGCAAGGACAAGCCGAUUCGAUAUGACUUUACCGGCCCGGUUACUGCAGAACAUAUGCACCUGUGGAUUAGCCGUAACCUCCCUGACGGCCCGAAGCCCGACCUUGUUCGACCUGUAAACUACACCCGCAUUUUUGGGAUGCUGAUAGGAGCACUGGCUGUUAUAUCUAUUAUAACGAUUUCUUCCAAAUAUAUCCUGCCAAUUUUGCGAAGCCGAAACCUAUGGACUGCCCUCAGCCUUCUUGCGAUUCUCCUCUUCACCACCGGACAUAUGUUCAACCAUAUCCGCAAAGUUCCAUACGUUGCUGGAGACGGUAAAGGAGGCAUCAGCUACUUUUCUGGCGGAUUUCAAAACCAGUAUGGACUAGAAAGUCAGAUUGUAGCUGCAAUCUAUGGUGUUCUGUCACUCGGAACGAUAGCCCUCGCUAUGAAAGCACCUCGAAUUCUGGAUCCGCAGUCGCAGCGAGUAACCAUUAUCCUCUGGAGUGCCGUGACCUGGGUCAUGUACAGCUUCCUCAUCAGCGUUUUCCGCGUCAAGAACUCUUCCUACCCCCUAUCGAUCCCUCCGUUCUAA